AUGGAGAAAGUACUUGAAAAAUAUAAGAAUGAAUAUCAUGAUCAAAAGGCUCAUCAACAAGUUAAAGAUAAAGAACUAGAAGAAUUUGAAGCAUGGAAAGAAGCACAUGUGUUCCAAUUGAGAGAACAGUUGGAUACAGUAAAAAGUACUGAAAAUAUGAAGGCAAAAAGUGUUGAAAAAGCAAGUCAACAACAAGAGAAGCUUGAAUUGGGAAGGCAACUUGAGGUUGAAGAUGAAAUUGAAAAGGAGCAACCUGAAGAAUCUAAGAUCGAAGAACCUGAAGAUUUGAGUCUUGAACUUGAAGAUUUGAUUCUUGAACAUUCACAUGUUGAAGAACCUAUUCUAGAGCAAGAAGUUGAUGAAAAUGCACAAGAAAAACUUGAGGAAAAAUUGGAGAACAAAAAGGAUCAUUCUAUGGAAAGCUCAAUGGAAAUUGAAGAAAAUCAAGUUAUUCAUAAUGAUUUGAAGAGCCUUUCAACUGUUAAUAAGCUUAAUUUUAUUUGUCCAGAUCCUUUUAGAGAUGCAAAAGAAAGCAUUAAGUGCUUGAUUUCAAGCUUGUUGCCACCAUAA